UCUCUUUUGUCCCUUACCACUCUCCAUAGCGCAGGCCUUCGUAAAUCCCACCCACCAGAGCGUAAAGCAUAAAAGGGCGUGAGGCGGCCUGUGUGCGCCCAGCUCUACGCGGACGCCACCGUCACCGUGAAGAGGAAGAAAGAUGGCGUCGACUAGCCGAUUGGAUGUGCUUCCAAGAGUGACAUGUCCAAACCAUCCAGAUUCUAUUUUGGUGGAAGAUUACAGAGCUGGAGACAUGAUCUGCCCAGAAUGUGGACUAGUAGUAGGUGACAGAGUGAUAGAUGUAGGCUCAGAAUGGCGAACAUUCAGCAAUGACAAAGCAACCAAAGACCCAUCUCGAGUUGGAGAUACCCAAAAUCCCCUCCUAAGUGAUGGAGAUUUGACGACAAUGAUUGGCAAGGGCACAGGUGCAGCCAGUUUUGAUGAAUUUGGGAAUUCAAAGUAUCAAAACCGCAGGACUAUGAGCAGCUCUGACCGAGCAAUGAUGAAUGCUUUUAAAGAAAUCGCUAGCAUGGCAGACAGAAUCAACCUCCCCCGAAAUAUAGUUGAUCGAACAAAUAAUUUAUUCAAGCAAGUGUAUGAGCAGAAGAGCCUGAAGGGAAGAAGUAAUGAUGCCAUUGCCUCCGCUUGUCUCUAUAUUGCCUGCAGACAAGAGGGUGUUCCUAGAACAUUUAAAGAAAUAUGUGCUGUUUCUAGAAUUUCUAAAAAGGAAAUAGGCCGCUGUUUCAAGCUUAUUUUGAAGGCUCUAGAAACAAGUGUGGAUUUGAUAACGACUGGAGACUUCAUGUCCAGAUUUUGUUCAAACCUGGGUCUUCCUAAGCAAGUCCAGAUGGCAGCAACGCACAUUGCACGGAAAGCUGUGGAAUUAGACUUGGUUCCUGGGAGGAGCCCUAUUUCUGUAGCAGCAGCAGCUAUUUACAUGGCUUCUCAAGCCUCAGCAGAGAAGAGGACCCAGAAAGAAAUUGGAGACAUUGCUGGUGUAGCUGACGUUACAAUCAGGCAGUCCUAUCGGCUGAUUUAUCCACGGGCUCCAGAUCUUUUCCCAGCAGAUUUCAAAUUUGACACCCCAGUGGACAAACUGCCACAGCUGUGAAAUCCUUAUGGCUACUUCUAGAUUCUACAAAAAAGAUUGACUUACAGGAGAGGUGUAUAAAAGGAAGCAUUAACAUUAAGCUUUCAAGUUGCGGAGUUGUUUAAAGGAUGUGAAGAAAGCCUAACUGAAGAAUCGGAGCACACAUUCCAGAUGUAAACAAGAUCAUUUUGUGGCAUUUUUUAUGUAUAUAUUAGUGAAAGUAACUAACUAUUGCAACAAGCUUAAUUUCCUAUUGUAUGUACUUAGAUUUCUUUUGUAGAGAUCUAAUAAUGUAUUUUGGAAAAUAUUUCAAAUUCCUGAAUAAACUGUUUUCCAAAAACAUUUUCUGUUCUGCAAGUUUCACUCUGUGACCUUGUUCUAAAUAAAUAUAGACUUGAAUACA